UCCGCCUGACUGAGUGGAUACAAAGAGGAUCACCAGCCUCGUACGCAGGUGAGCAGGGCCUGAAAGUCAUGAUUUGAUAGCUUCAAAUUCUCCUUUGAGCGUGCAAUUCUCUCACUGGCUUGCCGGCGAUCACACUUCAAUCAUAGCUGGCAGAUUUUAAAAUACAUACACCUCUGUUAUGCCUAUGUGUCUAUAUAGACCAGGCAUCCCCAAACUGCGGCCCUCCAGAUGUUUUGGCCUACAACUCCCAUGAUCCCUAGCUACCAGGAGCAGUGGUCGGGGAAGAUGGGAAUUGUAGUCCAAAACAUCUGGAGGGCCGAAGUUUGGGGAUGCCUGAUAUAGACACACACAUACACAGUCUUGAGUUUGACUAAAACAGGCAUCCCCAAACUGCGGCCCUCCAGAUGCUUUGGCCUACAACUCCCAUCAUCCCUAGCUAACAGGACCAGUGGUCAGGGAUGAUGGGAAUUGUAGUCCAAAACAUCUGGAGGGCCAGAGUUUGAGGAUGCCUGGACUAAAACAACAGUCCCAACAGCCUCAUAGGCCAAAAUGCUGGGACCUAGGAGGCCUCAAGUUUCCUUGCCACUGUUGGGAUAAGGAAAAGCCAGUAAAUUUAAGAUUUCUCUGUGGGCGGGUUCCUCCCUUACUCUGCUGUGUGACUUUGGGCCACCCCCUACCCAGUUUUUGAAGUUUCCUGGCAUAUCCCCCAAAUUUUCUCUCCUCCCCCCCCAUCUCAGAGGCACAGGUAGGGGGCUAUUUUUGCAGCGGCAACAUUUUAGGUCUGCCUCUCACCCGUUCCCCUUCUUGCCUAAAACCCAACUUCGAUACCAAAGAGAAAAGUUCAUUGGAAACCGGGGGGUGGGGGGUGGAUUGCCAUGGACUCUCUUAUUUUUAUUGUGUGUUUUUUUGGGGGGGGUGUAGGGUGAGAGGGGCUUUAUAAGCAGGGCAGCCGUGCCGUGCGAGGACCGAGGGACAUUCCAUAUAAUUUAUUACAUAUUUCUAUACUUGGCAGAAUUGUAUCAUUUUAUGGGUAUAAAGAGAAAUUGCAUUUUCUUAAAAAAGACCAAAAAAAGAAGAAGCUAUCGUGAUGUCUUUUCGUGUUUGUUGCUGAAAUAACAGGAAGUCUAGAAAAGGGGGAGGAAGGCAAUUUGGGGAACACACAUCCACCCCGAAUCCCAGGCAGUCACUCCUUUGACUGGCUGUUGGCAUAAACCGGUGGGGGGGGGGGAUUAAGUCAUUUGGCAGUCAUUGGUUUUUGCUAAAUGCUGUCAAGGGCACAUUUCAGCCAGAAACCCAGAAGGAGAGAGAUGCUGGGUGGUGGAGGCCUCAGAAGAGUCCUGAGGGCCAGGUGGAGAGCUUUGGGGGGCCGGAGGUUCUCCAGCCAGCCAGAUGUGCAUGGCCCUGGCACCAAAUUUUGUGGGUGCCCAGCACCUUCAUGGGGAAUUUUGUGGGUGCUUGGGGCACCCAGGGAGCUGGCACCUAUGUCCCGAGCAGACCCACACACUGACGGCAACCCUGAAGAACCAGCGAAUCUGGACAUUGUGGUUUCAAGAUUUCAACUGUGGGUGAGCUUCUUGGCCAGCUCUCUCACCCACCCUCCCAUCUCGUGGCUGCAAACUGUGUCUCCGAAUACCAUUCUGGUUCAGCCAGGGAUGAACGUCACCCUGCCCUGCCUGGAGGGGGAGCUAGAGAACAUCACUCAGGUGCACUGGAUGUUCAAUGGAAGGAACCUGAGCACAUCCACCGGCAGGCAGGUGAUCCCCGGACCCAGCCUCUUCCUGCCGUCGGUAUAUUUCAAUGACUCCGGCCGCUACGCUUGCUACACCGACAGCCGCCUCCUCCUUUGCUCCCUGCGCCUGAUCGUAGAAGAACCUCCAGAGGCGCCAAACUUCACCUGCUUCCGAAAGAGCUUAGCCAAGGACAUUUUCUGCGAGUGGAAAACGACGCAUGGGAUGUCCAGCCACACCAAGGCCAGGCUAUGGGUGCAGAAAAAUUUCGUCGGGGUGAACCGCGUCGAGCACCCUUGCCGCUAUUACGUCAAGUCCCGGAAGUUCUCUUGCCGCAUCGAAGGAAUCGGUGACGAUGUGCACAUCCUGAAGCUGUCCGUCUGCAUCGUCAACCUGGCGGGAGCCCUGAGCAGCCACACCUUCAUCAGCACUGAAAAUCUGUUGAAGCCAGACCCACCGAUCGAUGUGGAGGUGAGGAAUGUGGAAAUGCACCCCUACAAGCUGCUUGUGACCUGGCGCAAACCUCCCUCUUGGGGUUCGUCCUUCUUCCGCCUGCAGUUCGAGAUCCGCUACCGGAUGGAAGUCUCAGCAACAUACAGCAAGAUUCACCUUCAUGACGAACACACUUCCUACACCAUCUCUGACGUGAUGCCAGGUGUCCGGCACAUCGUCCAGGUGCGGGCCCGGGAAGAAUUCAACCAAGGAAUCUGGAGUGAAUGGAGCCGGGAGAGCUCUGGAGUUCCCUGGACAGAAACCAAGGACCGCGACUCAGAAACCACGCCUGUCCCCUCAGAGGUUGAUCAUUUUGCCAGCACCGUUAAGCCCAAGUGCACUUCUGAGCUCCCUGUUGUCAUGAGUCAGCCGACAGUGGAAAAUGCUGCCUCUACGCCUCUGUACUUGUUCCUCAUCAUGGCCAUAAGCGUGACUGGAAUUGUUGGCAUCUUGGUUGUUGGAGUCAUUCUCCGGUACAGGAAAAAAUGGGGGACGUCGCCUUGCGGAGAAGAGAAAUCCAGCACCGCCCCCCCACACUCCCUGACCCUCAUGGCUCCUGAGCCUCCUCUCAGCUCAUCUCCUCUCCUCUCCCCUCCGGCUUCACCCUUCAGCGAGAGCUCUGUCGACACCCCGAGCAUCCCGGAGAACAGCCCCUACGAUGUUUCAAACGCGGACUAUUUCCUGAUGCCGUAGUAGCCGACAGGCGUCGGGUUUAGGGAGGUCAUUGGGUGCCGCAGCGUCCCCGGAUGUGGGCCCCGUAUGCACCCUGAAGGACGUGAAGAGUCAAGAACACAGCCAAGGCACCUGUGACAUCGUUGAGAGUCCCUUGGGUCGUACCGACAUCAGGUAGUGCCGACGUCAAGGCUACUGAGAUCUAGGGAAGGUGUCUGCUCUUCCGUCCGGAGUCGGGCCGCUCAGAAGAUGCUCCACUUUCAGGAUUUUGUUCGCCGCUCAUCAGGAAGAGCUCAAGUGUCCUUGAAACCGAAGAUGGUGGUUGCAGAUAUGCCAAGUCCCUCGCCUGGGUUCUGUGAUGGGGAUGCGCGCGGCCGCAAGGUUUCUUCCCGCCCACCAUGGCUGCCGGCGAAAACGUUUGGAGGCAACGACAACAAAUUGUCCCUACAUUUUGGAAGUUAUUUCCAGGAAGCGUCUUUGCUCCUGGAUUCAUGAAGUCAGGGAGGGAACUGUCUGCCGUUGGAGGAGCUGUCACCUCCGAAGCUGGAGAUGAUGGAGGAAGUGGUUUUGGGUACCACUUUCAGCAAGCGUUGGCCCUUUCCCACAUGCCAGAUUCCAGGGCUGGCUCGGGACAUUUUGCGACCUGAUUCCAAGGAAUGGUGCCUUCUGCCGAGCUAGACAGUUGCUCCACCUGGCUCAGUAUUGUCUACACUGACUGGCAGCAGCUCUCCAGUGUUUCAGACAGGCAGUCUCUCCCAGUCUAGGGAAGCAAAGGACUGGGCCAGGGGGCUUUUGCACGCAAAGCCGUGCCACGGGAAAAGGUGGCGUUUCAUGUCUUCCCUGAUUUCAUGCAAAGGAACUGAUUUGUCUGGCAACUCUUUGCUGGCUGAAGGGGGCAGAAGACAGGUAGUCUUCUGGGGAUUUGGUGCUGCUUCCUGCCCACCAGGAACCUCACCCCUGAGGCAGUCACCUAACUCUACCUUAUGACUGGGCCGGUGCAGCCAGAGUCCCCGUGAUGUAUUGGAACGAGCAAGUGCAAAGCUGCCUUUUAGCUGAGCCGGACUGUCGGUCCCAUAAUUGUCCUUCUCACCACCCUACCAUGGGAAAGGCUUCGGACUGAACAACAGGAGCACCCCCAAGGCCGAGCCCAGUAUCCUGUUCUCUCAAAGGCCAGCCAGCUGUGCCAAUGGGAAGCCCGAAACAGGACCUGAGCACAACAGCAAACCUCCUCCAUCGCAGAAAGCAUGUGUGCUGUCCCGGAGUCGUGGCUGCAACGCACAAGGCUGUGCCACUGGUCUGCCUUAUUGUGCGGGAACGAACAUGGCCCCAAUCUGGCUGGGGGCAACAGAGAUUUGGUCUUUCGAAAGCGAGGGGCUUUGUUACCCACAGUCCCUGCUGUGUAUCAAAAGAGGAAAGGGAGGACUCUUUCCGCAAUGUAAACAAGUCUCCAACUUGUUGCCUCCAACAGGGAACUUUGCUGCUCUCGGAUGUUACGAAACCCAGCAAUACUCUGUCUUUUUUUUUUCUUCCUGCCACAGAGCAACAGAACUGAUAUUUACGUUUUUCUUCUAAAGUUCACAGCGUCAGACUAUUUUUUGCUAUUAGCGGCUUUCUCUGCUUGUCGGGUGAAAGGUGUCCCUGUGUCUCAGAUGUCGCCCACAUAGGAGACUGUGAUGAAUCUGGGGGUUAUGGGCAGGCAAAACACGGGAGGUGAUUCUGGCCAAGGCUCUGCCAAAGAGCCGCAAGAGCCGUUCAUUUUCCCAACAUCCCCCACAGGCAGAUUUUUCAGCCUGAGGAGAGGGGGAAUUGCUUGCAAAACAGCAGUCUUACCCCCUUCCCGCCCAGGGAAAGAAGAAAGGAUAUCCAGGUAGCCCCACAAGUUUAAAUUUAUUGCAUUUCUCCUUCGUGAGUAUAUGCUGCCUGGACACAGUUUCCUUAUUUAUUUCCGCAAACGAAAGGGACUAGCAACUUUGGUUUUUUUGCUUAAAUUAAAGCUGCCAAUUCAGGAGAGGGGCUAAUGGAGCUUAAGAGGUUGUUUAUGCUCUGCCCGGCAUCACUUCUUCUUUCGCUUCUCUGUUUGUUGUACGCUGGGUGGAUGGCAUUGUGGCUGCUUAACUCUCCCACCCCACCCUGAAAUUAUGUUUUGCAAUAAGGAGCAACCCCUCCCUUUUCCUGCCCACUCCCUGCCGCUUGCAAACAGCGCCUUGCCUGUUUCCCGAACCCGAAUCUUCCCUGAGCGAACAGCCAGGAAAUCAGUGCUUUUUAAGCAACCGGCGUGACAUUCAGGUUACCAGCUCAGCAAAGCGUCUGGUCUGAUGCCACCAAGGUAAACAGAUCUCUCUUAGCCCUGUGCCUAGCAAAGAACUUCAAAGGCCAGUGCCAGCCCUAGGAAACUGCUGCCCUCAGCAAGUUUGAUGCUACUCAUUUGGGACUCUGCCUGAACCAAGGUUUUCUUUCCACAUAAAUGCACGACGUGUGUUAAAUCAGCAGGGCAAAGCUAGGACGAUGGCACGGCUGCCAAUUUGUUCCUGUCCUAACAACCGCUGUGUGUAGCUUGUGCGCAUUUGUGUUGACGCAUCGCAGUGUUGUACCACUUGAGCUUCAGGGCCUUUGGACCGCACACUUGUUUACAAAUUCUCUCUGCUUCUGGUGCAUGAGGAGCUAUAUCCCACAUAUGAAAAUAGCAAGCUCGUUCUCUUAAGUGUGGGUCUGUAAAUAGGCACUCAGAGGUGCAAAGCAUUGGCAAGCUCAGAGGAGCCCCAGGGUUUGUAGAAAUUAUUUGGGGGGGACCCCAAGGGGGUGAGAUCCCCAAAUACAAGGGCUUGGUAUGUCCAGUAGGCCUGGCAUCCUGACUGUUGAGAGGGUCAGGUGGAGCGGGGAGAAACAAGGUGAAGUAUUUGAAUGGAGUAUUUGUAAAAGGACAUGGCCAGCACACACUGAACAAUAACCCCAUUCCACCUUGCAGCAUUGCUUUUGCAUGCCUCUGUCGUUUGCAUAAUCUGCCAAUUUAGGCACCUGGCGAUGUUAAGUUUCAAUCCGAAAAAGCUCGUACCACCACAAAACUUUAUACUUUUAAAGGGCUGCAAAAGUCUCCAUUUUGAAGGUUCAUUUUAUUCCUGCCUGCUGCUUUGGUAGCCCCUCAGGCCACGAAGACAUUUAUAAAUGUGUUAAAUGGAUUCCAUGAAUAAAAUUAACAGGCUAGCAUAACAGCCUCCCAUGGCAUGCGGGAGGGGGAAAUGAAAGGAAAGACCUUUUUUUAAAAAGGCUUAGCUUAUUGAUUUUCAGAACAAGUGGGACUUUUUGAGACACUUGAAGAAUAUUUGAGCUGCACCCUUGCCGUUGCAUGUUGAUUUCUUGAUACCCUGCUCUCCCUUCUAAAUCAGGACUCUGCCACUUCAUCCUGCCACCACAGGAAAAGAGUGAGACCACAGUGCAGAAGGGAAAGGGGUGUUUGGUGACGAUAACGCUUGCAGUCUAGGAGCGUUGCCGGGUAGUCUAAGAAACCAAAAACUCUCUGCAGUUUUGAAACCGGCGGUUAAAAUCAGGGCCAUUUUGAAAUCGGUGCUAAAAUCAGGGUCCAUUCGAAUGGCCCAGUCUGCCGUCAAGCUGGUGUCCAGAAUUGUAUCCAAACAUGGGAGGGGGUGUAGCCCUGCCCCUUGGUUUCUGGAACCCUUGUGCCAAAUGUGGUUAUGAUAUCUUGGGCGGUGUCUCAUAAAUAAGCCGUGUUCCAAAAUUGGUGAAACUCGGAAAAUUAGAAUAUCGUCGAAAAGUGCAUUUAUUUCAGCAACGCAACUUUAAAGGUGAAACCAAUAUAUGAGAUAGAUGCAUGACAUGCAAAGCAAGAUAUGUCAAGCCUUUAUUUGUUGUAAUUGUAAUUAUUUGUUGUUAGGUGGGUCAAUUAUAAAUGGAAUGUAAUUAAUGAAAUGUAAUAGCGAUGUUUGUUUUUGUAUUAUUGUAAUUAUUUGCUUUAUUACUGUGGAAUUUCCAAAAGAAAGCAUUUGUAAAAAUUAAAAGAAAAAGAAAAAAAUAAUAAGUUGCAUUACUGAAAUAAAUGCACUUUUUUCGACGAUAUUCUAAUUUUCCGAGUUUCACCUGUAAUUGCAUCCCCUGGUAAAAUACGGCCUUUUCAAAUGUGUGUUUUCUUUGGGGUCCAGCUUUCCUUCUCUCUCUCUCUCUCUCUCUUCCUGGGGUAGCCUGGCUGUGCUGGCGCGUGAGAAAGAAAGAGAGGAAGAAAACAGUUGAGCAAUCUUUGGGGGGGGGGAGCAGGUUCGCAGCGCAGGAGAAGGAGGGCUGCUGGUGAAACCCCCGGUCCAGGCAGCUGCUUCCCUCCAUCUUCCAGUUCAGUUCUCCUUUUCGGUCCCUCCUCACUGAUAAACAGCUCCAGAGGAAGUUCGUACCCGCUUAGGGACAGAGGAAGUGAAAUCCCCAGGGGUACUUGAAUGCCCCCUUUUCUGCUCUCUGGGCCAACUGCCUUGUCUCCUCAUGUCACACCUGACCCAUACAUUUGCAGACCCUCCAAGUGUCCCUAUUUUCCAGGGACGUCCCUAAUUUAGAGAAGCCGUCCCAGUUUCUGAUUCGAUCCCAGAGUGCCCUGCUUUUCCUUAAAGGCAAAGGUAAAGGGACCCCUGAGCAUUAGGUCCAGUCGCAGAUGACUCUGGGGUUGUGGCGCUCAUCUCGCGUUAUUGGCCGAGGGAGCCGGCAUACAGCUGCCGGGUCAUGUGGCCAGCAUGACUAAGCCGCUUCUGGCGAACCAGAGCAGCGCACGGAAACGCUGUUUACCUUCCCACCAGAGCAGUACCUAUUUAUCUACUUGCACUUUGACGUGCUUUCGAACUGCUAGGUUGGCAGGAGCUGGGACCGAGCAACGGGAGCUCACCCCGUCGCGGGGUUUCGAACCACCGAUCUUCUGAUCGGCAAGCCCUAGGCUCUGUGGUUUAACCCUCAGCGCCACCUGCGUCCCUUUUCCUUAGGAUGUCCCUAUUUCCUUUGGAGAAAUGUUGGGGUCAUAUGGCAUUAUCCAACCCCCAAGCCGUCUGAAGGCAAUCCUGUAUAGGGAAGGUCUUUUAAAACAUGUUCAUAGAAUCAUAGAGUUGGAAGAGACCCCAAGGGCCAUCCAGUCCAACCUCCUGCCAAGCAGGAAACGCCAUCAAAGCAUUCCUGACAGAUGGCUGUCAAGCCCCUGCUUAAAGACCUCCAAAGAAGGAAAUUCCACCACACUCCUUGGCAGCAAAUUCCACUGUCGGACAGCUCUUGUUUUAUGUUUAAUGUUUUAUUAUGUUUUUAUAUACAGUGGUACCUCGGUUUUCGAAUUUAAUCCGUUCCGGAAGACCGUUCAACUUCCGAAAUGUUCGGAAACUAUGGGGCAAAGGGCAGCCUGCAAAUUCAAUAGAGAAAAUUCAACUCAGCAGAAGCCGUUCGACUUCUGAGGUGCGUUCAAAAAUGAAAGCAUUUACUUCUGGGUUUUCGGCGUCCAAGUUCCGAAACGUUCGUCAAUGGAGAUGUUGGAAAACCGAUAUACCACUGUAUGUUGGAAGCUGCCCAGAGUGGCUGGGGCAACCCAGUGAGCAGUAAAAUUAUCAUUAUGGAAUGGGGCAUCCCUAUUUUCAUCGGAGAAAUGUUGGAGGGCAUGCAUUUGAAGCACUCUUAUAUCACUCUCAACAACCAUAGUUGCUUCCCCCACAAUAAUCCCGAAAACUGUAGUUUCUGAAGGGUGGUGGGAACUAUAGCACCAUGAGGGGCUUUGAUAUAUAUAUAUAUUUUUAAGAAGACAUGUGCUUUAAAUGUGCAUCAAAUGUGCUUUUAAUGCAUGACAUUGAUAAAUAGGGUUAGGAACUGAGCUUUAAAAAUCACUCAGCACCUGGAAGAGAGGCGUUUAUACAAGUUACAAUGCAGAUUGGUAGGCAGGAAACCCAUGUUUUAUUAUUCGCUUUUUUUCUCUUCUUUUUCUGUAUUUUUGCCUUAUUUUGAAAAAGUAUGGUAAGUGCUUUGGACAUGACACAGAAGCGCACAAACCUGUUUUAAGUUGUUGGUGAAAGUGCAAAUCAACCUGGUCCAACAUAAGAUCGCAUCAUUGUGUAUUGCUAAAACAUAUUACUUGUAUUAUACCCUUUAAAGAACCAGGUGUUGUUUAAAAAGGAAAAGGAAAAAGAAUAUGUAUUUUGUCUAAAGAUUAAAAGUUUUGCAAAUGUUUUGUGACUGAUUUUGUAACAGAAAACCAAUAAAAAUUGAAUUAAAAAAACAAAGCAAACUCCUUUGCAUUUUUGUUUAGGCCUGCCUACCUGCAAUACGGACCUGUGUUUUCAAUGAACAAAUUUUUUUGGGAGGCCCCUUUGCCGAAAGCACGCCUUGGGUUUGGUUUACAAAAAGACCUCCAGAACGGAUUAUGGUUGUAAACCAAGGCACCACUGUAUAAAUUUUGUGUGGCUUCCCAUGUGCUGUAUUUCAAGGUCUGGUUCCCUUUAAUUCUGCCUCCAGACUCUUGCUGAAACCAAAUACAAUCCAUUCUUGAUAAAAUCCCUUAUACCACAGCUACAAAAAUUAACUUCAGUUCGCAUUAACACAUAUCAUAAUUUGUAAAUUCGCAAGGUUGUUUUCACUGUACUUUGGCUGUGCUCCCUUCCUUUGAGGCUUUUUUUCAUACAAUCAAGAAGUGUGGGUGCAUACUUUUAAUAUCUACUAGUGGCCCUCC